AUGAUAUUUGCCUCCCACUUAAUGAAAUCUGUAUGUGGAUGCAGUAUGUUAUUACGAACAUACUGCAGCUCAACUUUAUUUGUUACGGGUAAUAAAGCACAUAAAACUGCAUCAAUUCUGAUUCCACAUCUUGAUUGUGAGGAAAGGUUUCAGGGUUUAGAAAAUCUGAAGAGAAAUGUUAUGUUACGCAAACUUGAUCUUGAUGUUAAUAAUGUCCAUCAGUUAUGGGAAAAAUUAAGAUCUGUUGAACAGACAAAAGAGUGUAUGGAACAGAAACGCGUAGAAAUAGCCAGUAUAACAAAAGCCUUAAAGAAAAACAAUAAUUUCCAGGAAAUAGAGAAGCUCAAAGUGCAAGGUAGGUCAUUAAGAGAUGAUAUUAAAAAAGUAACUAAGAAAUUUUGGGAAAUGCAGGAAAAAGCGAUUGGGCAGUUUUUGUCAUUGCCAAAUGAUUUAGACCCUGAUACACCUGAAAUGGAAGAAAAAGUUUUGUAUGAAUUUGGUAAUGUACCUCAGGACCCCUCAGUAUGCCACACUGUGAUAGGAAACAAACAAGAUUUGGUGAGAUAUUUUAGUCCAGUUUGUUACUAUUUAACUGGAGCUGCAGCAGUUUAUGAAUUAAAAUUGCUCCAGCACUUUGCUGAUUCACUUCACGAAGCAGAAUUUGCGGAGACAUGUAAUUCUGACUUUGUAAGGAGCAUAGUAGUUGAAGGAUGUGGAAUGAAGCACAUUAAUUCAGUAUCAGUGUUCACUAUAGAGCACAGUGACACGGGUGUAUCAGAUAUCAAUAAUAGGCUUCACUUAGUCGGAGGUGCUUCUUUGCCUGCAUACUGUGCUUGUCAUGCAAAGACCAUUGUCACAGGUUCUCUUCCAGUUAGGUAUUUUACAAUAGGUCGACAAUAUAGUCCCAUACAAAGUAAAAGUUUGCCAGGAUUAUUUCACACUUGCCAGGCAUCAUGUGUGGAAGUGUUUGUGUUAACUUCAGACACUCUGAAAGAACUGAAAGCAGAAUUCCAACGGACAUUAAAAGCUGUUACAGGCAUAUACAGGAGCCUGGGACUACCCUUCAGAAUUGUGCUUUUCCCUGCCAACUCACUCAAGCAAUGGGAAAGUUUAAGAGCAAGCAUUCAGAUGUUUUCUGUACACAAUAAGUCUUUCAUUGAAGUUGGAUAUCUUUCAUUGUGUAAUAAUUACAUAAGCAAACGUUUGCUUAUGUAUUAUGAAACACCAGAGAAGGAUAAAAAAUUUGUGCAGGUAUUGUCAGGAACUGUGCUAUCUGUGCCAAAGUUUCUAGGCUGUGUGUUAGAAAAUGGACAUUUUUCAGACUUGAAUAUUUAAUUUAGACUGGAGAUACUGAGAAUGAUGAAUAGUAAAUUAUUUAAACAAAAUGCAGAAAUGUGUUUUUGACUAGUAAUGUAUGUAGCUGUUACUGUUGUUAUGUGUAAAUGAAAAUGUUUUCAGAAUAAAAUGGUAAAGUUCGUUUUUA